AUGACUCCACCCAUGCGGAAGGACGGUGAUGUGCUGGCCAUGGGCAUCGAGGGAAGCGCCAAUAAACUUGCUGUAGGUAUCAUUCGCUACUUUGCUGAUGGUGAGACAGAGAUCCUGUCAAAUCCUCGCAAAACGUACAUUACGCCUCCAGGCCAAGGAUUUUUACCUCGUGAGACAGCGUGGCAUCAUCAGAACCACGUGGUGGGCAUCGUGCGAGCGGCGUUGAUUGAAGCGAACGUAUCUCCGCAACAAUUAGAUUGUAUUUGCUACACUAAAGGUCCAGGAAUGGGCGGUCCACUGCGUUCAGCUGCUGUAUUCGCCCGCAUGCUGUCACUACUAUGGAACAAACCACUCGUGGGCGUCAAUCAUUGCGUCGGGCAUAUUGAGAUGGGGAGAACCGUGACCAAGGCCGCCGACCCCGUCGUGUUGUAUGUCAGUGGCGGCAAUACUCAAGUUAUUGCCUAUUCAAUGCAGUGCUAUCGCAUUUUUGGAGAGACGAUCGACAUCGCCGUUGGAAAUUGUUUGGACCGCUUUGCGCGAGUGCUGGAGCUUUCCAAUGACCCGAGUCCCGGUUAUAACAUUGAAGUGCUGGCGAGAGAAGGCAAGAAAUACAUUGAGCUCCCAUAUACUGUGAAGGGUACGGACGUGUCCUUUUCGGGUAUCUCGACCUUCAUUGAGAAGGAGGCCAACGACAAGAUUAAAUCGGGUGAAUGUACCAAGGCGGACUUGUGCUACUCGUUGCAAGAAACGAUUUUCGCGAUGCUUGUGGAAAUUACGGAGCGUGCAAUGGCUCACUGUGGGCAAUCAGAGGUGCUUAUUGUUGGUGGUGUGGGAUGCAACUUGCGUCUACAGGAAAUGAUGGGUAUGAUGGCGAAGGAACGUAAUGGGCGCGUCUGUGCUAUGGACCAUCGCUAUUGCGUCGAUAAUGGUGCUAUGAUUGCUCAAGCUGGGGUCCUGCAAUUUCAGCAUGGUGGGGAUACUCCACUUCACGAGGCUACAUGUACCCAAAGAUUCCGCACCGAUGAGGUUCCUGUGAUUUGGCGCUCCGAUUAG